CCCACAAAUACCCUUUAUAAGCAAAAAUGGCCUCUUUCCAGGAGCGUGCCCAGCACUCCAUUUCUCAGCUUGACAAGGAGCUCUCCAAGUACCCUGUCCUUGCCAACCUUGAGCGUCAGACCAAUGUCCCCAAGGUCUAUGUCAUCCUCGGCCUUGUCGGAAUCUACUUCUUCCUUGUCUUCUUUAACAUUGCUGGCGAGUUCCUCGUCAACUUUGCCGGUUUCCUGAUCCCCGGUUACUACUCCCUUCAGGCGCUUUUCACCUCAAGCACUCACGACGAUACUCAGUGGCUCACGUACUGGGUUGUCUUCGCUUUCCUGACUGUCAUUGAGAGCGCCAUCAGUGCUGCUUACUGGUUCCCCUUCUACUACAUCUUCAAGUUCGUCCUGAUCAUGUGGAUGGCUCUUCCCCAGACCAGCGGUGCCCAAGUUGUCUUCCACUCCUUCCUCCAGCCCGUGGUUGGCCGUUUCUUCUCCUCCAACGGUACCUCCUCCAACCUCCGCGCCCAGGCCGAGGCUGCGAGCAAGCCCCACUCCACCUAAAGGGUGUAGUUUCA